CUAACUCCUUUGCUCCAUUUUAAUAAGUGGGCUUGUGAUUUUCUACUCUGGCUCUCCCUCUUUUUGGUCGGUGUGGAAUUGGAUUCUCCUCCACCAGCGAGAUAAAGUUUUGGUUUUCUUGUUCUUUCUGAGUUUUUUUAUGCUGUCUUUACCUUCUUCCUUUGUGCACCUUAGUGCUUGUAAAUAUUCAUAUCAGGACUUGGGGUUUUGUGAGUUUAUUUUUUAUAGGAAAAUAUUUUGUGGGGUGAUUUAGGAUCUUGUCAGGUUUGUGAAAGAUUUUUUUUCUUCUAUUUUUUCGCAGUUGGUUUUUUCCAUCUCGUUCGUCUGAAUUGCCUGGAAAGGUUUGUAGUUCCUUGUGAUAAAAAGCUAAACAGAUAGACACAAGGGAUUUCGAUAUGAAAUUCUGAUUAGUAAGGCCGGUUGAAGGGGAAAUUUUGUUUUUGUUUUUUUUUUUUGGUUUUUGUGAAGGCAGUCCUGUGAUCAGUUAAAUCUCAGAAAGGUUGGGAAACCGAUAUCUUGUGAUCGGAUCUUUCGGAAAUUUGUUCGUCAUUUAAUAGACUUUCUGAUAAAAAUAGUUUUGUUGAAGGGAAGAUCACAUUGCCACUGCCAACCACAAUUCAAGGAGAGAAAAAGUCAAAAAAACCUUUUCCUUUACAAACAGAGGCUAUCAAAAUUUUCCUGUAUUCUUGAGAGUGGAUCUUUUGGCCGGACGUUUACAUCAAAUUUCAGUUUAUGCACUUUUUGAAGAGGAGAGAUAGAUGAGAUCUUAAGCAUUCUGUAGAUAACUUCUUAUGGCAAAAAGAUCACAAAGGCGUCCUUCAAGAGCCCAAGCAGGUUGCAUAUGGAGUUUAAUCAGCAUAUUUGCAUUCCGCAAUGGGAAAUCCACCAGACGAUUGCUUUCAGAUAGAAAGCGAGUGAGCAAGCAGACUCCUGGCUCUGGACCGUCAAGUAGCCAAAUAAUUCUCUCAGGCCAAAUUGAAAAAUGUGAGGAUAACAUGCAUACGGCAGUGACAGAUGCUGUCAAAACCAGUGUGAAGGAGCUUAUUGAAGUAGACAUGUUCAAUGAGCAAAGCUCAAGAACUAAUCUACCAAAAGAUUCUGAGUUAAGUCGGGAACAAAUUAAUUCGAGGCAUAAAAAUAAGACAAACAGCAGUCAAAAGAGAAGGAACAGAAGCAGCAUUAAGUCAUGGGACAUGGAUAUCUCGGCACUUUUUGGUGCUGCAGAAUGCUUUCCUGAACACUCUAACAACCUUCCAGAGGACAAGCCUCCAGAUGAUCUUGAUCUAGAAAAAUUAAUGGAUGAAUUGUCCCAGAUUAGCCAGAGUAAGAUGAACUGCUCGAAGCAUGAUGAACUCGGUGAUCUUGAUACACCAUCCAAUCAUGCUGCUAUGUUAGUUGAAGAAAAAAUAGCUGCAGCGAUAAAAACAGUCAUAGAAGAGCGGAUGAGCGGCAGUCCGCACUUCGGGGAACAAGGGAAUAUUUUGUGCUCAAAAGAUUUUGUGGAUGCUCUGCAGACCUUAAGUUUAAACAAAGGUUUAUUCUUGAAAAUACUACAGGAUUCAAAUUCAGCACUGGUCAAGCACAUCCAAAAUUUCGAAGAAGCUCAGAUGGACAAAGGCCGAACUCUCAGUCCUUUGCCUGGAUCCAAUUUAUCGGAGGAGAAGCAUACUAGCUUAAAAUCUGAUGAAUCUAGUGGCCGUAAGCACCGAAAUUUCUUCCGAAGGAGGAGCAAAUCACUGGAUACCUAUCCCUCAGGGGUGGACAAGGACCCUCAGUCUCUAAAUAAGAUUGUAAUUUGGAAGCCUUUGCCAGCAGGUUCACAGAGUCUGCAAACUGGUAUUCCCGCAAACAACUCUUCGUAUGAUAAGAUCCAAAAUGACCGAAAUGCAUCCCAUUUCUCUUUCACGGAAAUUAAAAGAAAGCUAAGGCAUGCAAUGGGGAAGGAUAGGCAGGGAAUUUCUCCUGACAGGCUGAUCCCGAAAUUGCCUUCAAAGCCCCAAGUUGGGAUCAAUGGCAACAAAGGUGCCUCUGGAGAAGCAUUGGCCUGGAGAUCUCCAAAUAGGAACCAUUUCUAUACUGAAAGAUUUGCAGUAUCUUCGCCUAAAAAGGGUGAAGCAGUUGAUAAGGUAAAAGACAAAGGCUCACUUGUGGAAAAUGAACACUGCCAAUAUUCACGACCUGGUGUAUCUAAUAUCUAUAUAGAGGCAAAGAAACAUCUUUCGGAGAUGCUGAAUAAUGGAGAUGAUGUAGAGCCCAUUGCCGGGCUUCUUCCCAAAUCUCUUGGCAGGAUCCUGUCUCUUCCUGAGUAUAAUGGUUCCCCUAGCUGCAGCCCUCGGAGGCGUGACGAUGGAGUCUUUAUUACUGCCCAGAUGAGAUUAUCACCACAAGGCACAUCUAAGAAUAAUGUGGGUGGUCUUUUUCAAGAAAAACUCAAUGACCAUCCAAGCCCGAGAAGGCAAAAUUUGGAGAGCCAACCAUGUGUCCCCAGCAUUGUCUGUCAGGACAAGGAACAGUCUCUCAAAAUGAAUGCUGAUGAUCUGAAGUGUCGUUCAGAACUUCGAUCCUUUACCCAAGAUGCUACGACUCCUGAAGCAUCUGAGAUUGAAGAAAGGACAGAAUCUAAGAUUCAGGAAGAGGAAUCAGUUAAUGGUAUUACCCCUGAGCCUUCCGGUACUUCAUUGGAUGGAGAUUUGCAGAAAGUAGGUGCUAGUGAAGUAGAUAAUGGAGAAAAUGCUUCAGCGACAUUGAAUGAUUCCAUCCCGAGCUUCAAAUUAGAUUUAUAUGGCAAGGAUCAAAUAUCUCCUCCGCAUUCUCCACUAAGCAGUAAAACCGAAGACUCCGACCGUGGAUGUAUCAAAGUGGAGCAACCCAGUCCGAUAUCUAUUCUUGAGCCAUUAUUCACAGAUGAAGAUAUCAGUCCAGCUAGCUCCAUGUCUCGAUCAGGUGGGAAAGAAAUUCAACCACGGCAUAUCAAUUUUGAAGAGCAAUCCUCCACAAGCGAACAGGGGAUUUGUACCAGAAUUUCUCAAGAGGGAGAGGAAUCUGCAUUUGAAUAUGUCGAAGCAGUCCUGCUCGGUUCGGGUUUGAACUGGGAUGAUUUUCUUUCAAGGUGGCUUUCUUCAUACAAGAUCCUUGACUCAUCAUUAUUCGAUGAAGUCGAGCUAUUUUCCAGCAGGCCACGCCAUGAUCAGAAACUCCUCUUCGACAGCGCCAAUGAAUCCUUGAAGGAGGUGUGCGAAUCUUAUUUUGGAUGCUUUACAGGGAUAUCACGUGAUAAACCUAACAACCGACCAGUCCCAAAAGGGAUGGAUCUUAUUCAUGAGAUAUGGCAACGAGUCGAAGGACAUCUAUUUUCACAUCCACAGCCUCCACCCCCUCUGGACCAGCUUGUCAAAAUAGACCUGGCAAACUCUGGAAAAUGGAUGUACCUCCAAUCUGAUAUCGAGCUUAUUGGUUCUGAAAUGGAGGAGACCAUUUUUGAUGAAUUCUUGGACGACUGUGUUAUGAGCUUCAUCGAUGGUGUUUCAGAGCUCGAGCUUUCAGUGUUUCAAACUGAUCCGCAGUCCAACUACAAAGCCAUUGAAGUCACCGUAUUGUGUAGUGCAUAAUUGUCUCAAUUCCAUAGGAGGAACACAACACGACCCGACAAAACACUCCUUUGCGCAGAAGAAGAUGUAUCCAUCCGCCCAUCCAUCGCGUACUGACUACAUCUAUCUGCAAACUAAUUUCCAACCUGACAUCAAUCGGACUAAGGGUGAAGGAAGUUGUCACUUCGAUGUGUUCUUGAGCAAGGAGAGUACAGGAGCAUCUUCUUGCAUAGAGUAUGGAUUGACACGGGGGGGUUUCUCAUACAAUAAUCCAGUCUUGCUUUGAUAGGUUUCAUAAAUAACAGAUCCUUUUGCCUGACUCAAAAGCAUCUGCGUGAGUCUACUCUUCAGGGGAAAGAGUAGAAGACACCAUAAAAGAUCGGUUUUGGUAGGUGGUUUGGUUCCGCAGACGAUGAAGGAAGAUCAAUCAUGUUUGCCUAGAACAUGUUCAGUGUGUGAGUGAAUGCUUGACAUCAUGUUUCUGGUUUGUGAACAAGUGUUCAAUAAUAUCCUAAAUUUAAAUUUCUA